CUUACAACUGUGUCAUCCCUAUUUCGACAUCUAAAAAACGGAACGCGAAAAAUGAAAACGCAAUACAGAAAAGCGAAAUUGAAGUGAAACCAAGUGCAACAUCGACGGAUCAAAAGAUUGCGUGCACACAACUCCCGCGAGGACAACAACUAACAACUAGCCGAUAAUAAAAAGUAGAAACGCAGCAGGAGGAGAAGGAGCUAACCACGCCCCCACCGCCACCCGCGAGUGGUGACCGAUUCGCCCCACCCACCCGCAUCUCCACUUCAGCACUCGAAACAGCCGAAGCAUCCGCAUCCGCGAUGUCAAGUGAUAAGAUCAAAGUCGCCGUAAGGGUGCGACCCUUCAAUCGCCGUGAAAUCGAACUGGGUACAAAAUGUAUCGUGGAGAUGGAAAAACAGCAGACUAUUCUGCAAAAUCCGCCGCCACUAGAGAAAAUCGAAAGAAAACAACCAAAGACAUUUGCAUUCGAUCACUGCUUUUACUCAUUAAACCCCGAGGACGACAACUUUGCGUCCCAGGAGACUGUGUUCGAUUGCGUGGGUCGUGGAAUUCUGGAUAAUGCAUUCCAGGGCUAUAAUGCUUGUAUAUUCGCAUACGGCCAGACAGGCUCUGGCAAGUCCUACACGAUGAUGGGUUCCCAGGAGAGCAAGGGCAUCAUCCCGCGCCUGUGCGACCAGCUCUUCUCAGCCAUAGCCAACAAAUCCACACCGGAGCUGAUGUACAAGGUUGAGGUGUCGUACAUGGAGAUUUACAACGAGAAGGUCCACGAUCUGCUCGAUCCCAAGCCGAACAAACAGUCGCUGAAGGUGCGCGAGCACAACGUCAUGGGCCCCUACGUUGACGGACUGUCGCAGCUGGCCGUGACGUCCUACCAGGACAUCGACAACCUGAUGACCGAGGGCAACAAGUCGCGCACUGUGGCCGCCACCAACAUGAACGCCGAGUCGUCGCGCUCCCACGCAGUCUUCUCGGUGGUCCUCACUCAGAUACUCACGGAUCAGGCGACGGGAGUCAGUGGCGAAAAGGUUUCCCGCAUGUCCCUGGUGGACUUGGCUGGUUCCGAGCGGGCCGUAAAAACAGGAGCCGUUGGCGAUCGCCUCAAGGAAGGAUCCAAUAUCAACAAAUCCCUUACCACGCUGGGUCUGGUCAUCUCAAAGCUGGCCGACCAAUCAAACGGAAAAAAGAGCGGCAACGACAAAUUUGUGCCCUACCGCGACUCAGUGCUCACCUGGUUGCUAAAGGAUAAUCUGGGUGGCAACUCGAGGACCGUGAUGGUGGCCACCAUUUCACCCUCAGCAGACAACUACGAGGAGACGCUUUCCACGCUGCGUUAUGCGGAUCGGGCCAAGCGAAUUGUGAACCAUGCUGUCGUCAACGAAGAUCCUAAUGCUCGCAUCAUCCGCGAGCUGCGGCACGAGGUGGAGACGCUUAGGAGCAUGCUGAAACACGCGACUGGGUCGCCGGUGGGCGAUGUCCAGGACAAGCUGGCUGAGAGCGAGAACCUGAUGAAGCAGAUCUCGCAGACUUGGGAGGAGAAGCUGGUCAAGACCGAGCGGAUACAGAACGAACGACAACAGGCGCUCGAAAAGAUGGGCAUCAGUGUCCAGGCGAGUGGCAUCAAGGUGGAGAAGAACAAGUACUACUUGGUCAAUUUGAAUGCCGAUCCGUCCCUCAACGAGCUGCUGGUCUAUUAUUUAAAGGAACGCACGCUGAUUGGCGGACGCAGCAUCAGUGGCCAGCAACCGGAUAUUCAGCUGUCUGGCCUGGGCAUCCAGCCCGAACACUGUGUGAUCACCAUCGAGGACAGUGGACUUUACAUGGAGCCUGUGCAGGGAGCCCGUUGCUUUGUCAACGGAUCGGCAGCGGUGGAGAAGACGCCGCUUCAAAACGGCGACCGAAUCCUGUGGGGAAACCACCAUUUCUUCCGAGUCAACUCUCCGAAAAGCAACAACACCAGCAUGUGUGCCUCGGAGCCCCAGACGCCGGCGCAGCUUAUUGAUUACAAUUUCGCACGCGAUGAAAUUAUGCAGAACGAGCUGAGCAACGACCCCAUCCAGACGGCCAUUGCUCGGCUGGAGCGUCAGCACGAGGAAGAUAAGCAGGUGGCACUAGAGAAGCAGCGACAGGAGUACGAGCGGCAGUUCCAGCAGCUGCGUAAUAUUCUAUCGCCGAGCACGCCAUACGCUCCCUAUGCGCCGUAUGACCCAUUGCGCAUGGGCAAGAUUACCCCGAAUACUCCCACAUCGCAAAUGCGGGUGGAAAAGUGGGCGCAGGAACGUGAUGAGAUGUUCCGGCGCAGCUUGGGCCAACUGAAAACGGACAUUAUGCGUGCGAAUUCGCUAGUGCAGGAGGCGAACUUUCUGGCCGAGGAGAUGGAGAAGAAGACCAAGUUUUCGGUCACCCUGCAGAUCCCACCAGCUAAUCUCAGUCCCAACCGGCGGCGAGGAGCCUUCGUCAGCGAGCCAGCUAUUCUGGUGAAGCGCACAAACUCCGGCAGCCAGAUCUGGACGAUGGAGAAGUUGGAGAACAAGCUGAUAGACAUGCGCGAGAUGUACCAGGAGCACAAGGACCGCGUUCUGAACGGACUGCCCCUUAUAGAGCCAUUCUCAGACGACGAGUACGACGACAAGGACGAGGACAGUACCAAGCCGCAGGAUCCGUUCUACGAGUCGCAGGAGAACCACAAUCUGAUUGGUGUGGCCAAUAUAUUUUUGGAGGUUCUCUUCCACGACGUCAAGCUGGACUACCACACGCCGAUCAUCAGUCAGCAGGGAGAAGUUGCGGGUCGUCUGCAGGUGGAGAUCGAGCGCAUUGCCGGCCAGAUGCCGCAGGAUCGCAUGUGUGAAUCGGUCUCAGAAUCGUCGGGAGACUCGCGGGAUGAGUACGACGACCCGGUGGACCCAACGUCCAACCAGAUCACCUGCCGCGUGACCAUCAAGUGUGCCAGCGGGCUCCCUUUGUCGCUCUCGAACUUCGUAUUUUGCCAGUACACUUUCUGGGGCCACCAGGAGAUGGUGGUGCCGGUGAUCAAUGCCGAGUCCACGGCCCACGACCAAAACAUGGUCUUCAAGUUUGAGCACACGCAGGACUUCACGGUUACCAUCAACGAGGAGUUCCUGGAGCACUGCAUCGAGGGAGCGCUGUCCAUCGAGGUGUGGGGCCACCGCAGCGCCGGCUUCUCCAAGACCAAGGGCUGGGAAGUGGAGCAGCAGCAGGCUAAGGCCCGCUCUCUGGUCGAUCGCUGGGCGGAGCUGUCGCGUAAGAUCGAGCUCUGGGUGGAGAUCCACGAGCUGAACGACAACGGCGAGUACUCGCCCGUGGAGGUGACCAACCGCAACGAGGUACUGACCGGCGGGAUCUACCAGCUGCGCCAGGGACAACAGCGCCGCGUGAAUGUGCGCGUGAAGCCGGUCCAAAACUCGGGCACCCUGCCCAUUAUCUGUCAGUCGAUCGUCAACGUUGCCAUCGGCAGUGUGACGGUUCGGUCUCGGCUGCAGCGACCACUGGACUCGUACCAGGAGGAGGAUCUCACCGUGCUGCGCGAGAAGUGGAGCGAGGCGUUGGGGCGAAGGCGUCAAUACCUCGACCAGCAGAUCCAGAUGCUGAUCAAGAAGGAGGAGAAAAACGAGCAGGAAAGGGAGCGCGAACUUAGCUUGGUGCACCAGUGGGUCUCACUGACUGAAGAGCGGAACGCCGUGUUGGUGCCGGCUCCUGGUUCGGGUAUUCCCGGAGCACCUGCCUCGUGGGAGCCGCCAGCAGGCAUGGAACCCCAUGUACCCGUCCUCUUCCUAAACCUAAAUGGCGAUGAUCUGUCGGCGCAGAAUACCAACGACGAGCUGUCCAUUGCUGGCAUCAACUCCAUUCUGUCGAAGGAGCAUGGCCACAAGUUUUACACGCUGCAAAUCCUGCAGCACCUGGACAAGGAUGUGUGCUGUGUGGCCAGUUGGGACUCCUCGAUGCACGACAGCCAGGCCCUGAACCGAGUCACUGAGGCCAACGAACGCGUCUAUUUGAUUCUGCGCACCACAGUGCGUUUGUCGCAUCCAGCACCCAUGGAUCUCGUGCUGCGCAAGCGCUUGAGCAUCAACAUCAAGAAGGGCCAGACGCUGACCGAUCGGCUAAAAAAGUUCAGACUGGUGCGGGGCGAGAACGCCAUUUGGCAGAGCGGCGUCACCUACGAAGUGGUCUCCAACAUUCCAAAGGCCUCCGAGGAGCUGGAGGAUCGCGAGUCCCUGGCCCAGUUGGCCGCCAGCGGAGAUGAUUGCUCUGCGAGCGACGGCGAAACCUACAUAGAGAAAUACACGCGGGGCGUGUCGGCGGUGGAGAGCAUACUGACCCUGGAUCGCCUGCGCCAAAAUGUGGCGGUCAAGGAGCUGGAAACGGCCCACGGACAGCCGCUGAGCAUGCGCAAGACCGUCAGCGUGCCGAACUUCUCGCAGGCGGUCAAAGACACCACCAAUACCGGGAGUAUUAUGCGCUUUGAUGCGUCGAUGGAGUCGCUGCUGAAUGUGGGAAGGUCCGAGUCCUUUGCCGAUCUUAACAACAGUGCGCUGGGCAGCAAGUUCACGCCAGCAGGUCACAGUCCAGCAGGAGCCGGCGGUGUCAUCCGGAAUCGCCACAGCUUUGGCGGCAAGGGAAGCAGCGACGAUUCUCCCGGAAAAGCCUUCGGCAUUGCGCGUCCAACUUUUUUGAAUCUCAAUUUGAACUUGAACACUUUGAGAAUUGCGCCAACAAAACCAUCCCCGGCUACCAGUAAGCUGCUGGGCAUGCGGAUGACCACGCUGCACGAGGAACCCCUGGGCGGACACAGAUCCCUGGACGAGGAGCCGGAGGACAGCUACAGCGACUCCGAGUACGCCGCCGAGUACGAACAAGAGAGGCAACAGAACAAGAGUCUGGCCACGCGGUCCCGCCUCACGGCUUCCAAGACCAUGGACUCGUUCAUGGACGUUAGCAGCCACUCGAACCAGAGCUACUUGAGCUACACGUCCAGUGCCAACGCGAACAUGAAGCACUUGACCGGCCUGGCCACGCUGAGCAUGAGCUCCUCCACGAGCAGUGGUUACGGCUCCCAAGCCGUCUCCUGCAACAAUCUGAGCAACGAGGACAUUGCUUCAAUGCGAUCCAUGAGCAUUGACGAGACGCCAGAUUUCGACCGAGUGCAUUCGAACUCGCCACCGAACCGACAGACACGAGUCAACCCCUUCCUAAAGGACAUGCCCAAAGCCAAAACACAGGAGCAACCUGAGCCGCAGGCCAAAAAGCUGCAGGAGGCCUUCUCGCAUCCAUUGGAGCAGCUGGAGUCCGGAGAUAACGCACAAAGCGACGAGGACGAGCGCGAACAGCUGCCAAAGAAUAAUAACAACAACAUCAACAACAACAUCGUGGUCAAGGAGCCGGAACCGAUCUCCGAGCAAGCAGAGCUGGAAGAAGCUAAGCCACAACCCGAAUCACAAACAGAGCUCGCCACAGACAAUCAGAACGGCAACAGGUCCUCCGACGAGAUGAGCCAGAGUUCCGAGGAUCUGCUCGAAGGCGAUGGCAUCGUGCGGGAGGAGUUGCCCGCUGGAAAAGUGGUCCGGCGCAAAAAAUCAAACACCCAACCUCCUUCGCUUAAUGGUAACAGCAACAACAACAACAACAAUAGCAGCACAAGCCAGACACCGCGCAUCAAUCAUCGGGCGUCGGUGGCCAAAAUGGAGGGCUUGGCCGCGUACAUCGACACCAGCAUUAUGUCCAGCAGCACAGAAGUCGAAGAUGAGAGCAAGGAAGUGGAAGUGGUCCUGCCCGAUUGGAUAGUGGUGGGCGAGUCUGUACUUAUCCGACCCUACAACACCAGCGGCGUCAUCCGAUUCGUGGGCACCACUGAGUUCCAGCCCGGCGCCUGGAUCGGCGUUGAACUGGACACGCCCACUGGCAAAAACGAUGGCAGCGUGAAGGGCAUUCAGUAUUUCCAAUGCAAGCCCAAGCACGGCAUGUUCGUGCGCUCUGACAAGCUGAUGCUGGACAAGCGCGGCAAGGCGAUGCGGGCCUACAAGGCCGCCGAGAAGAGCAACAGCAUCAGCAAAGAGAUGAGCACCUCCAUGACGGGCUCGAUGACACGCUCCAAGAGCCGCGGCGACUCGCUAAACCUCUCGGCGCGCAAAUGAUUGUACCCCAAGUGUUCGCAUCAGCUGCAGCGCUGGACUAAUUGCAGGCAGUCGACGGUGGCCACCAGCGGCGCUGCCACGAGCCAGCCGGCGACCUGCCACAGACUGCGUGCAACCAGCGGCGCUGCAGAUGCGAACAGUCAUGGCAAGAAGUGCUAUGCCAAUCGACGCUCGACGGCCUUCUAAGGCCGCCAACCCAGGAUGACAAAGUCGAGGACGAGGAUCGGGCGAGAGCGCCUCGUCUAGCAACGAACAAUGCGGAGCAUAAUCCACAUGCCAACCAUAUUCUAGCUUACUUAACUAUUCUCUCACCAUGCCGCAAAUGAAAUGCCGUACACUUAACCCCACGCUUCUCUAAGUAGUUUAAGGCGGUGUCUACAGCAGAACUAAUUACUAAUCUAGCUAAACUAAACUAAACGAAACGAAUCGAAACUAAACUAAGCCGACAGGCAUUCGCGUAGUUGCAAUACGAGUUCGCAAGAUUUAGCGGCCCUUCGAUUUAUCUAUGUGUUAAACAGGCACUUUUGAUUCCAUUGUUUUGUGUUCUUGUAGUUAAUUGUCGUUUUUGCCUUUCGAUUUUUGAAUGAAGCGCUUUACUGAUAUAUAUUUUUGUAAUGGUUCUUUGCCUUUAGUUUAGUUCAAUUGUUUUCGAUAUCGACGUGACUUGGUUAACGAUGAGCUUAUAUUUUUUAAUUGUUAUUGACUAUAUUCAAUAUAUGAAUCAUUUGUAUAUAUUUGUAAUUAAGAACUUGCAAUAAUUUUGUCUCCAUGUUUCCUUUCCUGAGCUCAUGAUCUGUUUAGCGCAUUUAUAUACAAUUACCAAUACAAUACAAUGUUAGUAAUAAUGAGAGCAACAUAUUCUAUAGGGCUGCGUCCAAGCAAUUGAAGCCUCCCAAGAUGGUCGCAUCUUGGAUCUUACUCCCCGAUUAAGGCGCUUCGCACCGGCGCAGUUAAUGUGUAAAUUGUAUUAUUUUGAUGUGAUGUAUUUAUAAUUUCCCUUUAUAUAUGCAUAUAUAUAAAAAAUAAAUUGAUUUUAUUGAACUUAUGAUUUAUUUUGAUUUUUACCCCGUCCGAAAUGUGCAAUAUAAGUAUAGGGUCUUAAGUUAUAUUUAUCAAAGUUGAAGGUUGUGCGACUAUGUUUGUGAGGCGUUUUAAGUAACAUUAACUGAACACCGAGCCACACGCUGGUGUUAGUCCAAAGCAAGAAAGCAAUAAUUGCAUUGAAUAUUCAAUUUUAUGUUAAGAUACUUUAAUAAUCGUACUCGAAAAGGAUAAAGUGAGGCCCCAAAAAAAAAAAGAUAGUGUCAAAAGAGCAUGGGUUUCUAUGAACAUUCAAGUCCGGCACCGGCUGAAGAACGUUUGUACGUAAAAACCGUAAACGUAUCCAUCCAUCCAUCCAACCAACCAACAUCCAAAGCACUCCAAAACUGAGUCUGAGAUAAAUUGCAAUUUAAACAAACAAUAAGAGCGAUUUUCACUUAGGAAACCCAAAAACGAAACUGAAAUCCAACAGAAAUCAGUUGGGACGCGUCAAAGGUCGCGACGAGACCCAACUGGACGAUCUACAGCCAUUCAUCCAGUGUAUACAAGCAUGAAUAUACACCACUUAUAUAUAUAUUAGGUAUAUAUUUUCGAACUGUUUUUCUACUUGCGUAAAAGCGAAAAGCAACUACCAAAAUAUACUUGAAAAUACGUCCAAAAUUUAAAAUUCAAGGUCAAGAUACAACUAUGAUAUAUACUUACAACUGCAUGGUUAUUCAUGAAUUUAAAUAUGAACCGCGUAUUUACCAAUGAUAAUCCUAACUGAAACACAAUUAAUUUGAAUAUUGAGUGCCCCCUGGGGGAACUCCAGAAUGUAAUUCCCAGCCAGGGGGCACUUGUUUGAGUAUGUGUGUGCAAUUUGUAGACGCCGCAAUUCGAAUCGGUUGAGCAUUUUAAUUCAGAACUAAUUUAAUCACAUGAGUGUAUAUAGUGGGGCAUUAUUACCGUCUAAAUCACCCUCAAAUUAACGCAUUUAACUAGCGCAAAUAACGUUCAACUAGAGGUUGAUUGAGUAACGUGUGAAGACCCCGAUAGAAAAACGAAAGUUAGCAGCACUUUAUUGGGCUUAAUUGUAAAAUAGAUCGAGAAUCCAUAGUUGUAGACAGAGUGCAUUGCAUUGCAAAGAAAUUAAGUAGCCGUAGAGAUCGAUUGGAACGCCGACAAAUUGAAUCGUACCUUGACGUUAUAAAAGAAUUAAUCAUAUUUUUGUGCAAUCUAGUGCAGUUCUCACGCAAUCAGCCCCGCAACAAAUAGUUUGCUAUUGCAUAGGCACACACAUAUUAGACGGGAUAUAGGAUCGAUCGGAUCGGAAGAUAGCCUUCGAAAAGUUUACUCGUAAGUUUGCGCACUCUUAGAGCUUUUAGCACGGUCAACGAAUAAAUGUUAUUACACCACGAUUACAGCUCGACUCCAUCAGCCGUUAAAUAAACUAACCAAGAGUUCAGCCCCAAGUUAAUGGAUAAACUAAACCACAUGCUAGAUCUGCUUUAUCAUCACACACAAAGCUAACCAUUGUUGACGCAUUUGGUUCGAUAAUAAAGUUGAGUUCACUCCCCACUUGUAGUUGCAAUCACAGAACAGAGUAUAAUGCAAAAAAUAGGUGUCAGCAGCGGAAACCAUACAUAUAAUUUUAGUAAUUUACAAUUGUUUUAAUCCAACUUAAGUAUUUUAAAGCAAACACGCCGGAGAAAUUUAAACAAAAAUACACGCGUAAUCAGCAAUUUGAACAACUUCAACCGAACAAAACAAAAGAGAAUAUGAAAUAUGUACUUAUAUCUAUAAAUACAAAUAUACAAACAUGCAAUGGGCA